UACUUCGUAACGAUUUAACUCCAUCUACUAAGCUGUUUUCAUAGACGCAACAUGAGUAAUUGGCAUCCAAAAAUGGCAGAAGCAUCAGUAGCCCUGCUAAUCUUCAUAGUAUGCAUCUUCUUUUCAGCAGUGGCAACAGCUGCUGGAGGCUCCAUGUCGUUGCCAGGCUGCCCCGACAAGUGCGGCGAUGUGCGCAUCCCAUACCCCUUUGGUAUUGGGGCGCACUGCGCCGCAACCAGCCUGAGCAGCUACUUCAACCUCACCUGCAAUGGCACGACUGAUCCACCGCGGCUAAUGGUUGGGGUUGGGGAUCGAUUUGAGGUCGCUGACAUCUCACUGGAGCAUGGUGAGAUGCGCGUGCUCAGCCCUGUCAACCACAUCUGCUUCACGUCCAGCACAAGGUUCACCAAGUUCAUCGGAGCGUACGAGCUGCAGACAACACCCUUCCUCCCCUCCCCGUCGCGCAACCGCUUCACGGUCAUCGGAUGCAACACACUAGGGCUCAUCAGCGGCUACAAAGACACGGCAAGCCAAUACGUGGCUGGAUGCUACUCCUACUGCGAGGGCGUCAACAACACGUCUGACGGUGCACCAUGUGCUGGGUUGGGCUGCUGUGAAGCUGCCAUCCCUGCAAACCUCACCUCCUGGGGGGUUUUGUUUCAGAUGAACGAGAGCAAGGUAUGGGGCUUUAACCCGUGCUUCUACUCCAUGAUGGCCGAGGCUGGGUGGUACAGUUUCAGGAAGCAGGACCUCGUUGGUACCCUUGGGUUUAUUGAUGAUCGAGCCAAGAGGGGUGCUCCUGUUGUUGCUGAUUGGGCCAUUAGGAAUGGCUCAUGCCCAUCGAAGGGGAAGGACACACCUAAUGACUAUGCUUGCAUCAGUACAAACAGCUACUGCAUGCCCGCACACAAUGGCCUAGGGUACUUAUGCCAGUGCUCCAAAGGAUAUGAGGGAAAUCCUUAUCUUCUGAAUGGCUGCCAAGACAUAGAUGAGUGCACAUUGCGUAAGCAGGACCCCAAGUAUGGAGAUAUGUAUCCAUGCAGAAAAGGGGUCUGUUACAACACGCUGGGAAGCUACUUAUGCAAAUGUAAGAGAGGAACCCGAUCUGAUGGUACAAACUAUGGAUGCCGGUCUCUAUCUUUUCCAGCUGACAAAAUGGUCAUUGGCCUCAGUGUUUCUGCAACAUUAGUCAUGGGUUUAGCAUGCUUGUUGCUCAUGCAAUUACAGAGGAAAAGGUACAAGAAGGACAAAGAUAAGUAUUUCAAACAAAAUGGAGGUCUCAGGUUAUAUGACGAGAUGAGGUCAAGGCAAGUUGACACAAUUCGUAUACUUACAGAACAAGAUAUAAAGAGAGCCACUGAUAACUACAGUGAAGACCGAGUUAUUGGACAUGGUGGCCAUGGGAUGGUCUACAGAGGAACUUUGGAUGAUCAGAAAGAGGUAGCUAUAAAGAAAUCCAAAGCAAUCAAUGAUGAUUGGAGGGAGGAAUUUGUCAAUGAGAUAAUAGUCUUGUCACAAAUCAAUCACCGAAACAUUGUAAGGUUACUAGGCUGUUGUCUGGAUGUAGAUGUCCCAAUGUUGGUCUACGAGUUUGUCCCCAGUGGCACUUUAUCCGAGUUCCUUCACGAUCCUGGUCAUAGAUCAUCAAUCCCCUUGGAUCUUCGCCUGAAGAUCGCCACACAGUCAGCAGAGGCUCUGGCUUACUUACAUUCAUCAGCAUCUCGCACAAUCCUACAUGGGGAUGUCAAGUCCGCCAACAUUCUCUUGGAUGAGCAGUUGAACGCAAAGGUUGCCGAUUUCGGAGCGUCGGCACUGAAGUCCAUGGAUGAAAGUGAGUUCAUCAGGUUUGUCCAUGGAACACUUGGUUACCUUGACCCCGAGAGCUUCAUCAGCCAUCGUCUUACAGACAGAAGUGAUGUAUACAGCUUCGGGGUGGUUCUUCUGGAGCUGAUGACACGAAAAAGGGCAAUAUACAUCGACGACUUCAACGAAAUGGAGUCAUUGUCUUAUAGUUUUCCUUUGAUGUUUCACCAGAAGACGCACCAUGCUAUUCUGGACUUCGAAAUAUCAGACGAAGCUGAUACGAGGGUGCUCAAGAACAUGGCCGAACUCGUGGUGCACUGCCUUAGCCCAAAAGGAGAAGCCAGGCCAACGAUGAAGGAAGUUGCAGAGAGCCUAGAGGUGAUGAGGAAGCUCCAGUUGCACAGAACCAAUGCUCAUGAAAACAACAGAUGUGCACAUAAGUAUGAAGGAUCAUCUUUGGUCGAUAUCACAUUUGACGAGACAACACAAGGGACCAUUGAUAUGUCUGAACUGGUUGAAGAUCUUGCAAGAUGAUGUUUGUAUGUACAGUUAACUCUUAUGUUUGGGAU